AUGGCUUCUCCGAAUGCAGCAGUACCUGUACCAAGUGCAAUACCGACCAGGAUCGUCAAACCCUGCCGAUGUGUUAUAUCCCGUCAACCAACAGAAACCUGUGAAUGGUCUGCUAACACUGCAGACAAGUAUAUAAACUUUAUUGAGAGCCAUGCUGUCCCCGAAUCAAUGGCUCUAGAGGAGAUUGCUGCAGAGACAAGUACUGAUUCUGAGUUACAAGGUGUGAUCAAAACAGUGCAGACAGGACACUGGUAUGAAAAAAUGAUCCAAACUGCAGGUAUGUUACAGCUUAUCAUAAAUUAAAGGAUGAACUGUCUAUUACUAACAAUGGUAUACUUUUACGUGACACUCGAAUUAUUAUUCCAAAGUGUCUUCAGAGUAGAACUUUGGCCAUUGCUCAUGAAGGGCACCAAGGUAUAGCAAAAACUAAAGCACUAUUACGCACUAAAGUGUGGUGGCCUGGUCUAGAUACUGCUGUAGAAAGUCUUGUAAAAUCAUGUUUACCUUGCCAGUAAGCAACUACCAAGCACCACAGCCAAAGGCUCCGUUAAUCAUGACUGAUAUGCCGUCCAAACCAUGGAGCGUAGUAUACGCUGAUUUUUGUGGUCCAUUUCUCACUGGAGAAACUGUUCUGGUCGUUAUUGACGGUUACUCUCGCCAUGUGGAGGUAGAAAUAAUGAAAAGUACGACCACUACAGCAGUUGUUUCGCGUCUUAAAAAAGUAUUCGCCAGACACGAUUACCCAGAUGAAUUGACAAGCGACAAUGGGCCCCCAUUUAACGCUGCAGAUUUUGAUGCUUUUCUAAAUCAAAAUGGUGUUCGCCACAGGAAAAUCACGCCUUACUGGGCGCAAGCUAAUGCCGAAGCGGGGCGUUUUAUGCGCACAUUAGAAAAAGCAGCACGAGCCGCCCAUAUCGAAGGAAGAAGAUGGCAAGAUGAGUUAGAUACUUUUCUUUUGAAUUACAGGCCAACGCCGCAUUGCACAACUGGUAUCAGCCCGGCAGAGCUUCUAUUCAAUCGAAAAAUUCGGAAUAAACUGCCAAGUGUAGACAGGUUAGACCCCAUGCCCUCAGACAUCGAAGACAGCCAUGAAAAAGCUAUCAACAACGACCCUAAGAGAAAGGAGAAGAUGAAGAAAUAUGCGGACAAACGGAAUCAUGCAAAGAACAUUAAUCUUCAAAUAGGAGAUUAUGUCUUAGUCCGACAGCAAUAG